GGAAGCGCUGACUCUUAGCUGGGCACAAUUUCAUUUAGACCAGUGCAUUUUUGGAGAUGUGAAUGCAUGCAUGAAUGGAUCUUUAGUAAAGGGAUGGUAGGACAAGGAGAUUUUGGGAUAGAUUUGGAAUAACAGAUCCGCAGAGAACAGUGAGUGGUCAUCAUGUUGGGAGAGAGCAGCUCAGACUGUUUGACUGUGGACUUUUGCUCCACUCCGGCCUCAGACUCCAGGUGGGUGAAUUCGGGGAACAACACUCCAGUGCCAAAGGCCUCCUCAGAAACCAUGUAUCUGUGGUCAGGAGGAAGAUCUGAUGGAAAAAGUGACUCCAAGUCCCUGUACCAGCGGUUGCGAGAGUAUGAGCUCCUGGAUAAGAAGAAGACAGUGACAGCUCUGAGGGCAGGAGAGGACCGUGCCAUCCUGCUGGGGCUCAGUAUGAUGUUCUUCUCUGUCAUGACCUACUUCGUCAUGGGCAUCACUGUCCUCCGCUCCUACUCGGACAGUAUCUGGACGGAGGAGGCUAACUGCACCGUGCUGAACUCCACCCUUCUGUGGGACGUGAACUGUUCGUACAGCUGUGGAGCUGAGUGCUGGAAGUCCUCUAGGUACCCCUGUCUGCAGGUCUAUGUGAGCCUGCACAAGAACUCCUCCAGGCGGGUACUCCGACUACUGCACAAUGAGGACACGCAUGAAGACAACCCAGAGUGCUUCUACAUCCCAAAGUGCCAUAAGGACUACGCUGCCACUCGUGAGCUGGUGCAGAACAUUUCAGAUCGCCUUAGGAACCUUCAGUCUGUGCAGUGUUUCAUUGACCCCAAAGAGAAGACGGACAUGGCCAUUCUGACGCAGAUCUACAGUCGGGGGGCGGUGUUUCACUCCCUCUUCUGGCCCACCUGCUCUCUGAUCGGGGGCUCCGUGCUCAUCGCUAUGGUCAAACUCACCCAGUAUCUGUCCAUUCUGUGUGAGGGGCUUAGCAAGAUCAAGAUGUGACCAAUGCAGGACACA